GAUGCUCCCUAGUCAGAGAUGACUCCUGUCCUCUCGCUAGGCCGUAAAAGCCUCCGAAAUGUCCGGCGGGCUCCGGAAUCGAAAACACGGCGCUCCCGCGUGCGACACAGUAACUGUCAAGGCGCCCGUCUCCCCCUGCCCAGAUUUCAGACGGCGUCUCUAAUCUGGGCCCGGGACAGAGCGAGGAGGAGAAGUCAACCCUCCUGUCUCCGGACUAGCUUGACAGGCCCAAACCAGGCGGCGCCAUACUAGAAACCAAAAUGGCUGCCUCGGGGAAGGCAGCCCAACCCGAGGAGCCGUGAGGGGGAUGUGCCGAGUGACGCCCGCCACGCCUCACCGGACCCGCCACAGACACAGUAUUGACCAUCUAAUCUCAAAAGGAUAUUUAGAGCAGACCACAAAAUAUGAUCAAGUUUUUUCUGAUGGUGAACAAACAAGGCCAGACAAGACUCUCUCGUUAUUAUGACUACAUGGACCUUCAUAAACGGACGAUACUGGAAGCUGAAGUAAUCAAGCAUUGCCUUUCUCGUUCAAAGGAACAAUGUUCCUUCAUUGAAUACAAAGAUUUUAAGCUGGUAUAUAGGCAAUAUGCUGCUCUUUUCAUAGUGGUUGGAAUUAAUGAAACAGAGAAUGAAAUGGCUGUAUAUGAACUGAUUCAUAAUUUUGUGGAAGUGUUGGACAAGUAUUUCAGCAGAGUGAGUGAAUUAGAUAUCAUGUUCAAAUUAGACAGAGUACACUUAAUUUUGGAUGAAAUGGUAUUAAAUGGUUGCAUCGUGGAAACCAAUAAGACCAGAAUUCUUGCGCCUCUUCUUGUUCUUGACAAAAUGGCUGAAAGCUAAGAAGACCACGCCUGUGAAGGAUAUAUUCACACAACAAUCUUCAAUCACAAAGGACAAUUGACUCCUAAAUAUUCCAAUGCCGUGGCACAUUGUGAGUAGGUUGAAUCUAUUCUUUUAGGACAAAACAUCACUGGAGUGAACAAGCGCCUAGCCUUCAUUCUCUCCCUAUGAAAGAUUAAUUACUUAAUAUUUCAAUGUAACAAAAAUGUUUUGUGUAAUUCAGUUGACAAAAUAAAUGAAUUUUCAAAUAUGUAUCUAUCUGCUUGUUUUCUGUGGAAUAACCACAAUACAAAUCAAGAAGUCUGGAUGGGAAAAAACCCUAAAAGAUAUAGGCAACUUUUGACCAUGAAAGGGAGUGUCAGGCUGGUCUUAGAGCUGAGAUGCAUGAUGCAUGAUGCACUGGUGGAACUAAAGUGGAUGUCUGAUAGACCCACA